AUGCCUAACGAGGAGUAUGUGACUGAUUCCAGUUCUGACUUUACAGAGUAUUGGAUUGACUCGUUCUUGGGUAUAAAGGGUAACGAGUACUUUUGUGACAUAGACGAUGAAUACAUACGUGACCGGUUCAAUCUAACUGGGUUGAACCAAGAAGUGUCCAAGCUUCCGACGCUAAUAGAUAUAAUAACCGAUGUCAUUGAUAUCGACUCGCAACCAGAAGAGCAUCGAGAGCCGUUGGAACAUAACGCGAGGAUUUUGUAUGGUUUAAUUCACGCACGAUACAUUUUGACGACAAGGGGUUUGAACAAGAUGUUUGAAAAGUUUCGUAAUGGAGACUUUGGUUAUUGUCCAAGAGUUCAUUGUCAGCUUAACCCUUUAUUGCCAAUAGGAUUGAAUGACCAACCACGUAUGGCAAGUGUCAAAUUAUACUGUUCCAAGUGUGAGGAUUUGUACAAUCCCAAAUCGGGACGCCAUUCAGUAAUUGAUGGUGCUUACUUUGGCACUUCGUUUCCAGCCAUGUUUUUCCAGAAUUUCCCCAACAUGAUACCAAUACAUCCAAAGGAGACAUACGUGCCUCGAGUAUUUGGAUUCAAGUUACAUGAAUACUCGAAAUUGACAAGGUGGAGAGAGUUGCAGAGAUUAAAGUUGGAGAGAAGGUUGACCAACAGCGGUAUACAGAUAAAGGAUGUAGUUGGUGGCUUUCAAACUGAUGGUGGUCAAACUGCAGCCCGCAAUGCAUGA